CGGCGGCGGAGGAGCCAAAGCGGGACUGUGAGGGAGAAAGCGAGGCCCCGAGCGUCUUCGUCUAGGAUAAAAAUGGUUUCAAUCCCAGAAUACUAUGAAGACAAGAAUGUCCUCAUAACUGGAGCUACUGGUUUCCUAGGGAAGGUGCUUCUGGAAAAGCUGCUAAGAUCUUGUCCAAAAGUAAAUUCAGUGUUUGUUUUGGUGAGGCAAAAAGCUGGACAAACACCCCAGGAGCGAAUAGAUGAACUCAUUAGUUGCAAGCUUUUUGACAGAUUGAGAGAUGAAAAUCCAGAUUUUAGGGAGAAAAUUAUAGCAAUCAGCAGUGAACUCACCCAACCAAAACUGGCUCUUAGUGAAGAAGAUAAAGAAGUUAUCAUUGAUUCUACCAAUAUUAUAUUCCAUUGUGCAGCUACAGUAAGGUUUAAUGAAAACUUGAGAGAUGCUGUUCAGUUAAAUGUGAUUGCUACACGACAACUUAUUCUUCUUGCACAACAAAUGAAAAAUUUGGAAGUAUUUAUGCAUGUAUCAACAGCAUAUGCUUAUUGCAAUCGAAAACAUAUUGAUGAAGUAGUCUAUCCACCUCCUGUGGAUCCCAAGAAGCUGAUUGAUUCAUUAGAGUGGAUGGAUGAUGGCCUCGUAAAUGAUAUCACACCAAAAUUGAUAGGAGACAGACCAAAUACAUACAUAUACACAAAAGCAUUGGCAGAAUAUGUUGUACAACAAGAAGGUGCAAAACUAAAUGUGGCAAUUGUAAGGCCAUCAAUUGUUGGUGCCAGUUGGAAAGAACCUUUUCCAGGAUGGAUUGAUAACUUCAAUGGACCAAGUGGUCUUUUUAUUGCGGCAGGGAAAGGAAUUCUUCGAACAAUGCGUGCCUCCAACAAUGCCCUUGCAGAUCUUGUUCCUGUAGAUAUAGUUGUCAACACAAGUCUUGCAGCAGCCUGGUAUUCCGGAAUUAAUAGACCAAGGAACAUCAUGGUGUAUAAUUGUACAACAGGGAGCACUAAUCCUUUCCACUGGGGUGAAGUUGAAUAUCAUGUAAUUUCCACUUUCAAGAGGAAUCCUCUCGAACAGGCCUUCAGACGGCCCAAUGUAAAUCUAACCUCCAAUCACCUUUUAUAUCAUUACUGGAUUGCUGUAAGCCAUAAGGCCCCAGCAUUCCUGUAUGAUAUCUACCUCAGGAUGACUGGAAGAAGCCCAAGGAUGAUGAAAGCAAUAACACGUCUCCACAAAGCUAUGGUGUUUCUUGAAUAUUUCACAAGUAAUUCUUGGGUCUGGAAUACUGACAAUGUCAAUAUGUUAAUGAAUCAACUAAAUCCUGAAGAUAAAAAGACCUUUAAUAUAGAUGUUCGGCAGUUACAUUGGGCAGAAUAUAUAGAGAAUUACUGCAUGGGAACUAAGAAAUAUGUAUUGAAUGAGGAAAUGUCUGGCCUCCCAGCAGCUAGAAAACAUCUGAACAAGUUGAGGAAUAUUCGUUAUGGUUUCAAUACUAUCCUUGUGAUCCUGAUCUGGCGCAUUUUUAUUGCAAGGUCACAAAUGGCAAGAAAUAUCUGGUACUUUGUGGUUAGUCUGUGUUACAAGUUUCUGUCAUAUUUCCGAGCAUCCAGCACUAUGAGAUACUGAAGAGAAGAAUUAUGCAUUACAACAUCUAUGUAUAUGGUGGUCUAAAUGAACAAAUGUAAAGUGUACUGAAAUCAUCUCAUCUUUUAGCAAGACAUUAAACCAUCUUAGAUCUGAAUGUGGAAUAAAUGAUGGUACAUUUUGUGCGACAUUUUAAUGUUUUCCUCGUAAAACUUAAUGAACACACUGUAAUAUGCCAACUCAAAUCUACAGUAGCCACCCAAACUAAUUUAACAUUUUGAUCCCUGGGAUAAGGGGUGGGUAGAAGGUAGAAGUGGGGAAAUAGGAACAUUGACCAGUUUAACUGUGCAAUUCUGGAAUCUAUAAAAAUAUGCCUUAAUGUAGUGCAUUUCUUAUUAUUUUUAGUGCAAUAGAAGACAUUUAUUUGGACAGGAAUACUAGCUAAGUUGAUAGAUAUUUUAUUCUUCAGUGUUGUUUUUUUCAGUUGAAAUGGAUUUUUUUGUUGUUAAAAUUAUAGCCAAACUAUUUUUACAUAAGAUCUGUAAGUUAUUGAACUGUCUUCCAAACAUGGAAGCAUUCUUUUUUUUUCUGAUAAGAGGUUUGAUACAUAACAUUUUUCUGUAAGCAGUCAUUUGGUUUUAUAGUCAGAAGUCUAUUAUUACUCUAAAGUCUACUGAAUCUAAAUGACUUUGAAGAUCCUUAUUCACUUAUACUGUAUUUUGAAGGAAAAUAAAAUGAAAUUCAGUAAGACUUUUAGUGUAAAAAAAUAUGUUUUAUGGGCCCAUAUUAUGACCAAUUGAAAAUUUCGUGAGAUUUAGGUUUUUUUUUUUUCUUUUGAAGGUAGAUGAUUUCUUGAGACUUGUGGGGAUGUGAUUUGUCAUACUUGUGUGUUCCUCCCUUUUGAAAGGCUUAUGAUUUGUUUCCAAUAAAAAUCGAAAGUAUAUUAUUAUGGAAGAAUGUAUUUGCAGGUAGUCAUAACAUGUCACAUGUGUGUAAACAUACUAAUUUUUGACUUUGAGAACUGAAUUCCUUUAAGAAAAAAAGCAUAACAUGUAUAAAAUUAAAUAAAGAAAUUUAUUUACAUACCACAUAAA